UUCGCUCAAUUCAGGAGCGAGUCACGGGAUAAACAGAUAACGCGUGGAUCUCGAUAUAAAAUCAAAAGCGAAUUUUCUCUAUCCUGCAACAAUACGAUUCCGCGAAUGAUGAGCUUCGUCUAUACGCGGAAUUGAAUGUGCUAAUUGAAUACCGAAGACGUAAUACAGAAUAAUCUACAGAGAACAAGUGCAGACAGUGUCACGCGCCUGUGGACGUCUCCUUCGUUAAAAAUGGAAGUUUGGACCAAGUAUUGCUGCGGAAAGAUGAUGUACGUUACGGUGUUCUCAUCAGUGAUAUUACUUGUAAUUGGCCUUGCCAUAGGCUUGAGCGUUAACAAUUUCAAAGGGAGCGAUGCCCUCGACUCGGCACCGCUCAUCGACGGUCACAAUGACCUGCCUUUCAACAUAUACGAGAUACUGAACAACAAUUUAGACGAAUUCGAUUUCACUAAGAACCUGACCGACGACAAACUGUGGGGUAAGAAAGCAUGCAAAUCAUGUUUCACAGACCUCCCCAGAUUGAGGAAAGGAAAAAUAGGCGCGCAAUUCUGGGUCGCGUACGUUCCCUGUUCGUCGCAGUACAUGGACGCUGUUCAACUAACGAUGAGACAGAUCGACGUUAUUAAGAGACUAGUCGUGAAGUAUUCAAACGACAUGCAAUUCGUGACGGAAGCGAAGGGCAUCGAGGAAGCGUGGAAGAAUAAAAAGAUUGGCUCGAUGAUCGGUGUCGAAGGCGGUCACUCGAUCGAUUCCAGUUUGGCGGUUCUCAGACUUUAUUACGAACUCGGUGCUCGUUAUAUGACACUGACGCACAGCUGUAACACCCCAUGGGCCGACGCGUCGACGGUGAACAACGGCUCUGUUCACAAUCUCACAGAGUUCGGCGAGGCUGUCGUGCACGAAAUGAACAGAUUAGGAAUGCUAGUCGACUUGUCGCACGUUUCUCACAACGUUAUGAGACGCGUAUUGUCAAUAACAAAGGCUCCUGUCAUAUUCUCGCAUUCUUCCGUUUUUAGUAUUUGCAAAAUUUAUCGUAACGUCCCUGAUGAUGUUUUAAACAUGGUCAAAAACAACAACGGUGUCGUGAUGGUAAAUUUCUACUCGAGUUUCGUGAACUGUAACUCGGGGAGAAACGCGACUAUGCAAGAUGUAAUAGAUCAUAUCAAUUAUAUUCGUAAGCUCAUCGGACCGGACCACGUUGGCAUCGGUGCCGACUACGACGGUGUAACAUCAGUACCGCAGGGAUUAGAGGACGUUUCUAAGUACCCUGACUUGUUCGACCGGCUGUACGAAAGUAACGUGGAACCGCGAUGGACCAAAGAGGAUCUCGAGAAACUAGCUGGGAGGAAUUUGAUUCGCGUGUUCAAAGCUGUAGAAGGAGUAAGGGACUCUUUAGCGAAAACCGAACAUCCGCGACAAGAUAUCAUAAAUGCGAAAGAUAUUUCCGAGGACCAAAAAGCGAUUAACAUGAAGCCGGGAUUGUGUUAUACCGCGAAAGAGUGGGAUGGCAUCAAAUCGACUAACAAGACGUCACAAUAAAAUUCUAUGUAUAAGACCAAUUCGUAAUUAAUAAAGAAUUUAAAUAUGUA